AUGAUUGCAAAAUAUGAACUAUCUGACAAUUUAAGCAAACCAGGUCCUGCACACAGCGGCAGAGAGACAAUAUUUCACAAUGGAUCCAUGCUCCUUGCAAAGGUCAACCUGAAGGACACAGGCUUCUAUACCGUACGAACCUAUAAUAUACUUGGAAAUGCCAUAUCAACAACAUACACAUACCUCAACGUGUAUGCUUACCUUUGGAACUGUGGGCUCCUUGACACCUCUUCACAGCCUACCAUUGAAUUCGUGCCACCCAGCGUUGCUGAAGGGGGACGUGUUCUUCUACUUGUUCGCAAUCACCCAGAGAAUUCUGUAUGCUUUGCCUGGUUCAAAGGAAUAGUUGUCUUCCAUAACCUUGUGGGUAUCCGACGUCUACCAUCCACGAAACCAAUUCUGUUUGGACCUGCAUACAGUGGCAGGGAGACACUAAACAGUGAUGGGUCCCUGCAGCUUCACAAUGUCAGUCAGAAAGACCGUGGAUUGUACACACUGCGAAUUCUGAACUCAUAUGGUACAAGUGAAGAUGUACAAGGGCAACUCCAGGUGGACAGUUCCCUUUCUGUGUUCUGCAAUGCUCUCACUUCUUCCCGACUCAUGAUCCAACCAGUGCUUGGCUAUGUGGCUGAAGGUGAAGACGUAUUUCUCCAAGUUCAUAAUCUUCCAGAAGAAGCGCGAGUGUUUUCCUGGCACAAAUCAAACAAUGGGAGCCCAGCUCGUAAACUUGUAGAAUACAACAGAGUCAAGUCUUCUAUCUCCUGGGAGCCUGCAGAGAGAAUAAGAGGGAAGGUCUACAAAACUGGAUCCCUGCUGCUUCAGGAUGUCAUUGAGAGUGAUGCAGGGAUGUAUACACUGGAAGUUUUAAACAAAGAUUCCAAAAUUGAAAGAGCAAAUGUGCAGUUUUAUGUAAAGAAGUCUGUGACACAGCCCUUUGUGCAAAUCACUGACACCACUGUCACAGGAGGUACAUCUGUGAUCUUGACCUGCGUUUCACCUGAUACUGAUGUCUCUAUCCGUUGGAUCUUCAAUAAUGAGAAUCUGCAGCUCACAGAGAAGAUGACUCUGUCCCCAACAAAGUGUGCACUCAGAAUAGAUCCUGUAGGGAAAGAGGAUUUUGGACUAUACCAGUGUGAGGUGUUAAAUCACUUCAGUUACAGUACCAGUCCCCCAGUUAGGCUAGGAUGA